CAUGCAUUUCUGCUCUUUGGAAAGUUUAGUAGUAUCGGUUUUGUGAUGAGAGCAUUUGGAUUCGUGUUUUUGAGAGAGUUUAUGUUUGGUUGUAAGUUCGUUUUGCGAGUGUAUUAGCCAGAUUCAUGUCACCUGAAUCAUGACUGAGGCACAGAGAAGCACGGAGAACUGCAGAGGUUUGAAGAACGAAGAUGGGUAUGAAAUCUCCAUCCCCUGUGAGGACAACACCCUGGACGAGUCUGGUUUCUAUAAUCAAAGUGACCACACCUUCGAUGAGUCGGCCUCAGGUCAGGUUCUUCCGUGCAGUCCGUACUUUCUGAUUACCAGCCUCCGAGCACAACUGCAGAUUUCUCUGGAAAAGAACUCCUGGCUCCAAAAACGCAUCGAAGAUCUGGAGGAGGAGAGGGACUUCCUGCGCUGCCAACUAGACCGAUUCAUUUUCAACACCAAGAGUCAGGAGAGCAAUGGCUCAAUGGGGAAAGAAACUGAAGCCGAGGCCCUGCAGCAACACACCAGUCAGAAGCAGCCCACCAAUCUGAAGCCCUCCUCCCGGAAAACACCCACUCCUUCAUCACCCAUGAUGACACGCUCUGGAAAAAUCCCUGCACGCUACCAGAAGCGCAGCAGAAAACACAAUCAAGAAGCAGAGGAGGUGAUAGAGGAGGAAGAGUAUACAGCGGAGGAAGAUUAUGUGGAGGAGCAGGUUGUUACAGAUGACGAUGGUGAUGAUUCAGAUAAUAAAAGCUUACAGAAGAACCGUUCAGGCAGGCUGAGUGGCCAGACGAGAGUGAAAAGACGACGCGUUUUUCGCUUUGCGCGAAGCAUGGAAAGACAAAGAGUCAAAGACCCUGCCGGUGUUCUGCUUCGCUACAAUAAGAUCCUUGUGACUUAUCAGAAGUUGAAGAGCAUGUCUAGAGCAUUCCAGGUCCAUGGGGUUGACCGAAACACAGUGGCCUCCACCACUCCUAUAGCUGAAAUGCUUUUGGUCGCUCCUGAGAAGGUAUCUGAGGUUGGGGAGUUUGAUUCGUCCAAAGAGAAGCUUCUGGAUUAUGCGAGGCGCUGCUAUAAAGCUCUUGAUGAGGACGCUCACGCUAAGGUGCAGGCCUUGAAGAAGAACAACUUCUUGCUGCCCAUUUCAUACAGGUUCAGGCACUGAAUAUUGCCCCCCCACCCCCACCCCCCACCCAAGCGUUGUCCAAACCACAGUCUGUCCCUGUACAUGUUGGUAAUUAUUCAGUAUGAGAAUUGCAGGUUGAGUAAGCAUUUGGUUCAAUAAUGUACAGUUUUGAAAGUUUAAGAGAAAGUUUUUGGUGAAAACAAAAGGGAGAAGAACAUUUGUGAGGUAAUUAGUCAGCCACUGUAUUUAAAAGGUUGUCUGUCUUUAUUUAGUUUUUCUGUUAGAAAAUCUCACCCCUUAAAUAUAAAGGACUUGUCUUGUUUGAGUUGAUAAGUUGGAUCACAUAAGGUACCUCUUUAAUAUCCUGACCCUUGUGAUCACAUUUGGACAAUAUGAGUCAGGAUAAAGAUUAUUGAAUACAAAUAAAAUUCUCAGCCUGCAACCAUCUAAAAAAAAAAAUGGCGUUCCUAAAUCUUCAUUCUUUCUUUCUUCAACUUUUCCUUACUAAUACGUUUUGCUAUCAAAUGGUAGCAAAAACAGAAUAGUAGCUAUGCUGUGUUCUGCAUCUGUUAAUCAUUGAAAUCUCUUGGGAAGAAAUGUGUUGAUGCCUUAUUAAAAUCAGUACUAAUUGUUUCUGUAAUUGACAAAUGGGUAAAGUUAAUUAUGUAUAUAUACACAAGGUAUUUGAUAUCAGAAACUUUCUUUACAUUUGUGCAAUUUUGUACACUUUUGGGUGCCAAUGUGACUCAGAAGAUUAUAAAGCAAUCCAUAAAUUUCAAAGAUUGUUUAUUGAUUUAAAAUAUAAUUUAUGAGAAAAGGGCUUGUUCAUUACUCUGUUAACUAGUUCAUAACCCUCCUUUGUUGUGCCUGUAUUAUAUUAAAGCUAAUGCUAACAACUUUGCAACAUCCGUUUAAUGGCUUAAAUGGUGUUUUGUUGUUGUGAUGAUCUAUUAUUUUUGUCUUAUGACUUUAUUUCAAAACUGUACCCUGCUGUUAUUAAACAUCUCUCCAAUAU